AGCUGAUUUAAGCCCAUACUAUGGCUACAGGAAACUGGACAAGAAUAAAUGAAUUUAUCCUCAUAAGCUUCUCUUCUCUGCCUACUGAAAUACAGUCAUUGCUCUUCCUGAGUUUUCUAAUCAUCUACCUGGUCACCCUGAUGGGAAACAGUCUUAUCAUUCUGGUUACUUUGGCUGACCCCAUGCUGCACAGUCCCAUGUACUUCUUCCUCAGAAACUUGUCCUUCCUGGAGAUAGGCUUCAACCUAGUCAUUGUGCCCAAAAUGCUGGGGACCCUGCUUGCCCAGAACACAACCAUCUCCUUCCUUGGCUGUGCAACUCAGAUGUACUUUUUCUUCUUCUUUGGAGUGGCUGAAUGCUUCCUCCUUGCCACCAUGGCAUAUGACCGCUAUGUGGCCAUCUGCAAUCCUUUGCACUACCCAGUCAUUAUGAACCAAAGGUCAUGUGCUAAAUUGGCUGCUGCCUCCUGGUUUCCAGGCUUUCCUGUAGCUACUGUGCAGACUGUGUGGCUCUUCAGCUUUCCAUUCUGUGGUACCAAUAAGGUGAAUCACUUCUUCUGUGACAGCCCACCUGUGUUAAGGCUGGUGUGUGCAGAAACAGCACUGUUUGAGAUCUACGCCAUCAUUGGAACCAUUCUGGUUGUCAUGAUACCCUGCUUGCUGAUCUUAUGUUCCUAUGCUCACAUUACUGUUGCCAUCCUCAAGAUUCCAUCAGCUAAAGGGAAGCAUAAAGCUUUUUCUACAUGCUCCUCCCACCUCAUUGUGGUUUCCCUUUUCUACAUAUCUUCAAGUCUCACCUACUUCCGGCCUAAAUCAAAUAAUUCUCCUGAAAGCAAGAAGUUGCUAUCAUUGUCCUACACUGUUGUGACUCCAAUGUUGAACCCCAUUAUUUACAGCCUGAGAAAUAAUGAAGUGAAGAAUGCCCUCAGCCGGACCUUUCACAAGAUUUUAUCCUUCAAAAAGCAGUGUCCCAUAGACAUUAAAAAGUAAGACUAAAUUCUAUUGAAUGAGAAACAAUCAGUUUCAUGUUUGGGAUACUUCUGUACUUC